AUGCGAAAAAUACGUUUUCGUUAUAUUAAAGAAAAUGGUAAAUCAACAUCAGUUACUGUACGAUGUAGUCUUAAACGUAAUGCUUCGCUCAUAUCUGAAGCACUCAGGCAUUAUCAACGAUUGGAACGACAGAACGAUGGAGAAACGUCAACAAAAAAAUUAGAUAAACAAAAUCGACGUCAUUAUCAACAUGUGAACGAAUGCAAAUUUCGACCUGUUGUUAUUGAAAAUGCUGUAACGCACAAAAUUAAACCAACAACUAAUCAUCAUCAUCAUCAUUUUGAUCCAAUACAAUUACGUCGUAAACAAUGUUCAUCAACAUUAAUCGAUGAAGAUUUUCCAAUACUCUACAAUUCUAAUCUUCCAUCUCUAUCUUCAUCAUCGUCAGGUUUUCAAAGUCACUCCCAUUCAUCAAGUAAUCAAACAUCAUCAACCAAUGAUGAGAUUGAAAAUCUUAAUAAACGUGGAAAUAUAAUUAAAGAAAUCUAUAAAACUGAAUCGGAUUAUUUAGGACAUUUAAAAAAUUUAGUCGAUGGCUAUUUGAAAAAGAUGCGUUUACAUUCGGAUUUAUUUUGUGACAAACAAAUUGAAUUAUUAAUGGGAAAUAUUGAAGAAAUCUAUCAUAUUCAACAAUCGUUUUUUCAUUUAUUAAAAUUAUCUCUAAAUGAUCAAAAUCCACAUGAAAGUCUUAUUGGAAAAUGUUUUCUUUUCUAUAAAGAACAAUUUAAGAAAUAUUCAGAUUAUUGUAUUAAUCAUCCAUUAUCAUGUUUAGAAUUGAUUAAACUAGAAAAUAAUCCUAUCUAUCGAGAGUUUUUUGAAACAUGUCGAUUAGAAGCGAAUAUGAUUGAACUAAAAUUAGAUGCUUUUCUUCUAACACCCAUCCAACGUAUAUGUCAAUAUCCAUUACAAUUAAAUGAAUUAUUAAAAUAUACUCCAUAUGAACAUAAAGAUUAUAAUAAUAUUAAACAAGCAUUAAAUACAAUGCGUGAUGUUGCGAGUUAUAUCAAUGAACAAAAACGACGUAUGGAAUAUGUUGAAAUUAUUCAUAAAUGGCAGCAUACAGUUGAAUGUUGGCAGGGGAAAGAUUUAGUUGAAACAAGUGCACAAGGUCUUGGACGUGCUGAUGCGUUUUUAUAUCAAAAUGGAAAAAAAGAACCAGUAAUUUUGUUUCUUUUUGAUCAUGUACUUAUUAUUUGUAGAAAGGAUCGACGAAAUACAUUGAUUUAUACUGAUCGAGCUGAUUUAGAUAAUACAGAAAUUGAAGAUCUUAGAGAUGGAAAAGUAUCACGUUUAGAUGAAGAAAAUCUCGUUCAUUUAUUAAAUGCUUGGCGUUUGUAUGAUCGUACACAAAAUAAAACUUAUUUAUUUACUCAUCGAACACCGUUAGAUAAAAUGCAAAUGAUGGAUUCAUUAGAAUAUGAACGAGCAUAUGUUGAAGAAAAUUUAUCAAAAGGUUUAGACAUUCCGCUUUAUACACGAAUAGCAACACUUAAAACGCGACAAUAUCUUGCUGAUCAAUCAUCAUCAAAAUCACUUCCAACAAUGACAAGGCAAAAUCGUUCGAUUUCAGCUAUACUUCGAACAAGUAAUUCAUCAUGUAAUAAUCAAGCAUCAUUAUUAAAAACCGCUCCAUUACCAAGACGUAAAUCAUCAUUACCACGAUUUGUACGUUGUUCAUCACCGGAUACAUCAAUCGAUGAUAGUUUUCGUUCAAUAAAAUCACGUUUUCGCUUAUGGUGA